CAGAACAGAACCCCAGACUUCAUUUAAAGUUCUCAGUCAUCACCAUAACUGUCCACAAGUUCUCUCUUUUCCUCAAUGCCACAGGAUAUACAAUUUCUUCUUUAACAUACAUUGUCUCUAGCUAUUAUUUUCUCUUCUUAACUGAGCACACGGCAGGUUUUUUACGACCAAUCUUUGGAGUCUCUUGAUCUCCUUGACCUUGACAGUGAUCCGUAUCCCCAAGAUUUGUCCGUGUAUUUCCAAUGGCUUCCAUGAGCACUGAAAAAAUCUCAUCUUCAUCAUCAUUUUCUUCUUCAACAUCACAAUGGAAAUAUGAUGUCUUCCUUAGUUUUAGAGGUGUGGACACCCGCAAGGGUUUUACCAGCCAUCUAUAUGUUGCCUUGGAAGAGAGAGGCAUUCACACCUUUAAAGAUGAUAAAGAACUUGAGGCAGGAAAAUAUAUUUCAUCGGAACUCUCAAAAGCAAUAGAAGAAUCAAAGUUUUCUAUUGUCAUUCUCUCAGAAAACUAUGCAUCUUCAACAUGGUGCCUAGAUGAACUUGCAAAGAUCAUUAGUUGCAGUAAUAAGACAGGAAUGAUAGUUUUACCUGUUUUUUAUAAUGUGGAUCCAUCUGAUAUACGGAAAAAUACAAAAAAAAUUGGACAAGCUUUAGCUAAACAUGAAGAACGUUUCAAGGAGAACAUGGAGAAUGUCCAAACAUGGAGAGAUGCUUUGACAGAAGUGGCUAGUCUCAAAGGGUGGCAUAUGCAGGAUAGGCCUGAGGCAGAAUUAAUUCAAGACAUUGUGAAAGUGAUAUUAAAUAAUCCGACUUACACAUUGUCAGUAGAUACCAAUGGAUUAGUAGGAAUAAAUUCCCGGGUUGAGAAAUUGAAGUCGCUAUUAGCUAUAACGCCAGACAAUAUUCGCAUUAUAGGAAUUUGGGGGGCAGGAGGAAUGGGUAAGACAACUCUUGCUAGAGUUGUUUAUAGAAUGGUUUCCAAUCAAUUUGAAGCUUGUAGUUUUAUUGCUAACAUUAGGGAAUUUUCUGAAAAAAAUGGUUUACAUAAGUUACAACAAGCACUUUUGAAUGAAUUAUUGAUGCGCAAAGAUAUCAAGGUACAUGAUGUUGAUAAUGGAGCUCUCCUGAUCAGGACUAGGUUAUGUCACAAAAAGAUUCUUCUCAUUCUUGAUGAUGUACAUGAUUUAGACCAACUAAAUAAACUAGUUGGGAAGCAUGAUUGGUUUGGCCUAGGUAGUAGAGUUAUAAUUACAACAAGAGAUGCGCAUCUGCUAAAACAUAAAGUAGAUGGAACAUAUGAGGUUGAAGGAUUGGAUUAUGAAGAAUCUUUUCAACUUUUUAACUUGAAAGCUUUUAAACAAGAGCAUCCUAAUGAAGAUUUUCUAGAGCUAUCCCAAUCCUAUGUACAUUAUGCUAAUGGCCUUCCUCUAGCCAUUGAUGUUUUGGGUUCCUUUUUGUUAGGGAGAAGUAAAGAUGAAUGGAAAAGUGAAUUAGAUAGGCUUAAAGAAUUUCCUGAAAGAAAAAUUCUCGAUACACUUAAAAUAAGCUUCAAUGGACUAGCAGAAACAGAGAAGGAAAUUUUCUUGUAUAUUGCAUGUUUCUUUAAUCACAUGGAUCUAGAUACCAUCAUAGAAAUAUUAGAUUAUCUUGAGCUUUAUCCUAAAAUUGGAUUAAGUGUUCUUAAAGAUAAAUCUCUCAUCAAUUGGCAAGAUAAUCAUUUGUGGAUGCAUGAUUUACUCCAAGAAAUGGGUCGAGAUAUAGUUCAUCAAGAGUCCCUUAACAAUCCUGGGGAGCGUAGCAGAUUGUGGUUGUGUAAAGAUAUUGACAAUGUGCUAACAAAAAAUACGGGAACAAAAAAAAUUCAAGGCAUAGUCUUACGGCCUUGUAGUUGUGCCUAUUCAAAAGGGGCAGACUGGAAUCCUGAAUCCUUUUCAAAGAUGCCUUGCUUGAAAUUGCUCAAAAUUGAUGGCGUUCAUCUAAUGCAUGAUCUCAAACAUCUUCCUGAGAGCUUAAGAUUUCUUGAUUGGAGUGAGUACCCUUUGAAAUCUUUGCCAUCAGAUUUCCCAUCAAGUGAGCUUGCUAAACUUUGCUUGAACUACAGCUACACUGAACAACUUUGGAAAGGGAAAAGGUCUUUUAAGAAGUUAAAAUACAUUCAAGUGAACUGGUCUGAAAAGCUUAUUGAAACCCCAGACUUCACCGAAGUCCCAAUUCUUGAGAAAUUGGAUCUUGAAGGUUGUAUAAAUUUACGUAAGAUCCAUCCAUCUACCAGUGUUCUUAAAGAACUUACUCUUCUUAAUCUAAGAGGUUGCAUAAACCUUAGAAGACUUCCAAACAAGUUCGACAUGAAGUCUCUUGAGAUUCUUAUUCUUUCUAGCUGCGUAAAAGUAAAACGAAUUCCAGAGUUUGGGGAAAACAUGGACCGUGUAUCAGAACUCUACUUGGAUAACACUAAUAUUACAAAAUUACCCACAUCAAUUGGGAAUUUGACUAGUCUUGCUUCAUUGAGUAUAAGAGAUUGCAAAAAUCUUAUGUCCCUUCCUAGCACCAUGUGCAAUAUAAAGUCACUCAAAUGUCUCGAUUUUUCUGGAUGCCCAAAACUUUGCAAGCUUCAAGAAAACUUGGAGAUUGUUGAAAGUGAUACAAGUGGAACUACGAUAAGACUGAUGCCUUCUUUUAAUUUUCACUUCAAAACUCUAAAAAAACUAGUUGUCGGUGGAUUUAAGCCUAGAAGUCCCAAUCUCAUGGACCUGUUAUGGACUUCUCAAUGGCGAUUGACUUCUUUGACUAAAUUGAAACUAGAAGACUGCAAUCUGAUGGAAAUCCCCAAUGAUAUUGGCUGUCUAUUCUCUUUAAAAAAAAUAUGUCUAUCUGGAAAUAGUUUUGUUUGCAUUCCUGAGAGCAUUGGUCAGCUAUCUAAUUUGACAUGGAUGGAAUUGGAUUAUUGCACAAAACUUAGAUCGUUGCCAAAGCUUCCACUGAAUAUUGAUUAUAUUAGGGGAUUUGGUUGUACCUCAUUGGAAAUAGUACCAGAUCUAUUAAAGCCAAAUUCUUCCUGUGAGCCACGACUCUAUCUUUCAGGUUGCAGUAAACUGGCUCACAAUCGCGUUGACAUUUUUUUGGCACGGAUAAAAAAGCAUCUUCAGGGACUCACUCUUGACGACAGAUAUGACACUCUACAUUUUGAAAAGAGAUAUGACAUCAUUGUUCCUGGAAGUGAAAUUCCAGAGUGGUUUAGGCAUCAAAAUAUAGGAUUUGAAGUGAAUAUAAAAGAACCUUCUCAUUUGUGUAAUGAGUGGAUGGGGAUUGCUAUUUGUGCUGUAUUUUGUUCUGAACAAAAAUUUGACAGUUCAGUUAAAUGCUUUUUGAUAGCCAAUGGAAUACACUCUUUUUUGGUAGCAGGCUAUGCCCACAUUUUUUUUUUAUCAGAUAAUAUUUGGCUACUUUAUUUGCUUCCUCAAUAUUUCAAAGAGGAAUACAGAAAAUUAUUGUGGGAAUGUGAUGAGAAUGGAUUCAGUCAUUUUAGAGUUUGUUUUGAAACCUGGGGCUUGGAGAUGAAGAAAUGUGGGAUGCAUAUGGUAUACAAGAAAGACAUGGAAAAUCUCAGCCAAACUAUGGCUUAG